AAAUGAACUGGCACUAAACAAGUCAGCCAAUCAACGGCGCCUAUUGAUUCCAGGGCACAUUUCCUUGUUUCUUCCCCAUCCUUCGGCUCGGCUCGUCGAUCGGCGGCGAUGUCAGAGGAGGCGGCGAGGAGCAGGGUCCUGGUGGUCGGCGCCACCGGCCGCCUCGGGGGAAGCCUCGUGCGCGCGAGCCUCGCCGCCGGCCACCCCACCUUCGCGCUCAUUCGCCCGCACCACUUCGCCCUCCCCGACUCCGCCCCCCUCAAGCCGCUCGCCGCGGCCGGCGCCACCAUCCUCAAGGGGUCGCUGGACGAUUACCCGAGCUUGCUGGAGGCCGUGCGGCAGGUGGACGUGGUCAUCUGCGCGGUGCCCACGAAGCAUGCGCUCGAGCAGAAGCCUCUGAUUCGGGCUAUAAAGGAAGCUGGGUGCGUGAAGAGAUUUAUUCCGGCGGAGUUUGGAGUUGAUCACACAAAGGUGCAGAUUUGUGACAUGGACCAUGGCUUCUAUGAGAAGAAAGCUGAAAUCCGCCGUUUAAUAGAGAGCGAGGAUAUUCCUCACACGUACAUCUAUUGCAACUUCCUGAUGCGCUAUUUGCUUCCUUCGCUAGUGCAGCCGGGUCUAGAUGCCCCUCCAAGAGAUGAAGUUACGAUAUUUGGUGGAGGAGAUACUAAAGGUCUGGUGAUAUUACUUCUCUCAAAUCUGCUGUCUGAUACCUGGAAUGUAAAAUGUUUCUUCCAUGUUCUGUUUUUUUCCCUCAAGGAAGAUUUUGUCUCUGCAGGUAUCUUCGUUGAAGAGGGUGAUGUGGCUAAAUUUACAGUGUGUACCAUAGAGGACCCCAGAACAUUAAACAUGACAUUGUAUUUGAGACCUCCGGGAAAUAUCUACUCACUGAAUGAAUUGGUUAGCCUCUGGGAGACAAAAAUCAACAAAUGCCUAAAGAAGAUACAUAUAACUGAAGAGCAACUCCUUAAAAACAUUCAGAAUGCACCGUUUCCUCUGAAAAUGGAUUUGAUAUUUAUAUAUUCAGCUUUUGUUAAGGGUGAUCACACGUAUUUUGAAAUUGACUCGAGAAGUGAAGGAACUCAACUGUAUCCUGAUGUAAAGUAUACCACAGUUAGCGAGUACUUGGAUACACUAGUUUAGAAUGUUGGUGAUCUGUAUGUUGGUCAUAAGUACCAACCUUUUGUUUCAAUUGACAUUUUGAAUGAUGAUGGGAGUGAUGAAUGUGUUCCAAGUUCUUGUGCUCACAUUUUAAUGUGUUCCGGUCCCUUUUCUGUUCUCUGAAAGAAGUGGGGAGUGAUGAAUGUGCAUCGAGUUCUGUGUGCUCAAUAAAUAUAUGAAGCUGUCAGAUGUUCUUAUUA